AUGACUACCCUCGUAUCGACGGCACAAAAUGCCACUCUUCAAAACAUCACCUCUAUCUUGGAAGACUCUUCCUCCUCGAACACUACGAACACUCUGCCCACCGGCCUCGAAGUUUACUUCAUGCUCCUACCAUCCGCCUUCUUAGGCGUCAUUCAACGUUCCAUAACCGAUGAGUUCGAAUCAUGGCUCAUGGCACCCGCCAACGACUCGCCCUUCAUCUGCGCGGUCAACAUCCACUCUACCUUUCUAUGGAUGCUCAAUGGUUGGAUCAACAACUUGGACCUGUUCGAAUGUGCACAACUUGUUGUCUUGAAGUCAGGAGUCUCUGGAAACGGCCGUCGACGGCGAAUCAUAAAGCCCCAAGCAUGGGCUUCUGGUGUUCUGUUCUUGCUAAGUCUAUACCAGGCUAAGCAAAUCUUCGACCUCCAGCAUAUCUUUUGGGAGAAGGUGUGGAUCGUGUUGUUCAACACGUCAUAUCUUCUUAACGUCAUUAUCGAUAUCUUAGCCAGUUAUGCUCCUACCCCAGGCCCUACCAAUAACGGCGAUUACACUGAUGAAGGGGAGGAAGAACCAUUCCAACGAGUCUUCAAUGUACUCGACGUCCUCAGCAUCUUCGCCUACGUGAUUCAAAUCAAGGCCUGGGUCGACAUCUACGGCAAACUAGUCAAAGUCGCCCUCACCAUCUACACUGAAGAGACAGUCAACUUGUUCAUCAUCGGAACUUUCUCCAUCGCAGUCGCUCUCUCAAGUCUUUCGCCCGCUGAAGGCAAAUACAAAGUCUUGCACGGCCUCUGGUCCCUCCGCAAUUGGAACGCCAACCAUACAACUUAUGUUGUCGUAAGCGGUUUCAUCGUCUUCCUCAUGGUUGGAGUCCCAAUCCGGCUCGACAGCUCUGCAGCGCUCAUUGGCAUGCAGCCACAGCAUACAUCGCUAUUUUGGCCGAUGAUUUACACACCACUUGGCACGCUGUCUGUGGUUGUGGUUGUCGUAUAUCUGACAUCAAUACUUCACACGACUGUGUGCAAAAUCAUGAAUGUCCCAAUUCCGGCAGAGUUCAUCGACAAUGUGAAAGAUGACCAAGAUCUGGGCUUGUUGUGUAAAAGACUGAAUGUCGUCGUCAGGUCACACAGAAAGUGGAGGGAGACUCUGUCUAUCUCGUUUGCGAUCUUGAAUUUUCUUUUUGGCGUUGCGCAUUAUCAUUUCGUGUACAACAGUAUCCAUACUGUCGGAGAGUUGUAA